GAAUAAUCUCAUGAUAAACCCAGUCUUUUCUUAAAAUUUAGCGAGAAUAGUUGUCAAUUAUGGGUGUCGCUUUUUGGAUAAUUGGAAUUCUGGUGCAAGCCUUUGGAAUUUGGGCAGAAGUUCAAUACCCUUGUCCGCCAUUUUCACCAUUCAGACUUCCUCAUACAACGUCCUGCUCGAAGUUUGUUCAGUGCAUAGGAGGCGUUGCAACAGUUCAUGAAUGCGAUGAAGGACUUCAUUUUAAUUCUCUUCAGAAUGAAUGUACCCUUCCUGACUUAGCUAACUGCGUACACGAUCUCUAUCCGUGUCCCCUCUUCAAUGAUCCAGAUAACCUCGUUUACCUCUCAGAUAGUGAAUCAUGCGAAAAAUACUACCUGUGCUACCAGAACCAACCACAUUCCUUCAACUGUAUUGAUGGGCUUCACUGGGAUAGUGAUAGAAAUCAGUGUCGUCGCCCUGAAGAUGCUGGUUGUCAACCAUCUGGCGUUGUUUGCCCGCCCUAUGGUACAGCUCUUGUACCUAGUCCUGUAUCCUGUGAAUACUUCUACUUCUGCAUUGAUGGUCAUGGGUAUGGAUCACAAUGUCCUGAGGGAACACUCUUUGAUAUUGUGAGGAACUUCUGUGUUCCAUCUGAUGAAGCCACGUGCCUAGGUCCUACGCCAACUACACCAGCUCCUCCAACGACUACAACGACAACGACAACAACCACAACCACAACGCCUCGUCCAACUCCUCCUGUCAGUACAACGCCCGCAGACUUUAGUCUGGAGAGUUUACUGGAGGAUUGAGUCAGGAAGGAAGUUCACACGUCGGACGUCAAUAGCCCGACGUAAUUUGUCAUGAUGGAGCAAUAAAGCUUUUUAUUCAAAAA